UGGCAGGUGUGGCGGCAGGGCGGUGUCCGCCUGAUUUUGUCGGACGGGGUUGGGCGCAUGCGUGGCGAACUUCUGUCGGGUUGUCGGGGUGCUUUUUUCUUUGGUUAGUAGGAGGCGCCGUCUCUCUCAGCAUUAGAAACCGCGUUCCCCGGUGUGGCAACGGGUCGUGGGUGUCUAGCCGUCAUGCCGUGGCCCCUGUGCCGACUGCCAAGCUAGCUCUGCAUGUGUUGACGUGGCGGCGGUCGGCAUCGCUUGCGCGUUUGCUUCGAUCUUUGCAGGAAGCGGACUAUGGAAACGACCGCGGCCGGAUCGAUCUCGUUGUCCAUGUUGAUGGGGGUGCGGCACUUGCUGUGAAGGAAGUCGCAGAGCAGCUGAGCUGGACUCUUGGCCGCAAAGUCGUGUUGUGCUAUGCGUCGCGUCGUGGGUUGGCACAGAGUUGGUUCGACGCCUGGCCAGAGCCACGUGGCAACGAUGAGCGCGCACUAAUUUUGGAGGACGAUGUCGAAGUCUCUCCCCUGUAUUAUCGCUGGCUUAUGAAGGCAUGGGAAGAAUACGGCCAGGCCGAUGGCUUGCAUGCAGGCGGUGUUCCAAAUCUAGCCGGAAUUACAUUGCAGCGUCACCAGCUUAUUCCAAAAGGCGGCGAAUCCCGUACGCUUUCGAAUGGCGGCGCGCCUUUCCUUUUUCGGUUGGUGGGCUCUAUAGCGUUCUCGCCGAAUCCCAUCCAGUAAGAGAAGGCAGCGCCCUGCUACGUCGCUUCUCUCCCUCUCGUUCAGUUUCAUAGCUUUGCUUGAGUGAAAGCGCGGGGGCGUGAGGCCUUGACCGGUCCCACGUAGGCGGGCACACCUUGCGCAGACCGUGAGCCAGGAGAGAACCGAAGGCGCCAGCCCCGCAUCAAGGCGGGGGCAAUGGCUUGGAUGCGGCCGAGGGGCAAAAGACAUGCGCAGGGCGAGUCCCUUGGGUUGACGCGUCGGCGGCCUCGCCUCCGCUCGUCGGGGAUCGGUCGGCGCGCUUCAAUUAAUUUCUGCUGGAGGGCGAGUGACCUUAGGGCGGGGCGCGCACUGUUCUCUUCUGAGUAGUCCCACUUGCUGGCGGCCACGUCUCGCUGGGGUUAGAGGUUUCGGUAGUCUUAGCGCUUUCGGCUUGUGGUUCCCGGUUUGGGUUAGGGAGCUGUGGCUGACCCUCAGAGAGAACGGGCCCGCAAGCUGGGCCCCAGCCUGCACGGAGUUGCCUUCGGCUCCACUCUCUUGGGCUGUCGCUGUGGGAUCGUCACUUAAUCGAAGGCGGCCGCAGUCGCAUGCCUCUAGAGCUACGGACCUUGGGAGCGCCGCUUUGGACAUCGCCAAAAGAAUGAAUACCAGCCGCGCCACACAACUGCCCUAAGCGGUGUGCCCUUUGUGUGUCGGCUUGCUUGGUGAAGUCGUUAGGAUUUCCGCCAGCCUGGCCCGCCCCCUCGCCCCGACGAGAGGCUCCCGGCGCAUGGUGACCUGCUUAGAAGUCGGGCGGCCUUUUGGUUUUGCCGAUGCUUGAGCUUUGCGGGCGGGUGGUCGUCAAUUGCGAUUGCUUACACGAUGCGGGGCGAGCGUGACUUUCGGUAGGGUGUUAGCCUGCGGCGCACUUGUUGCCCAGCAUGGUGGGGCGGUGUCGAACGGACAGCGACUCUGAAUUGCCCUCGCCUCUGUGGUCUUGUGGGUUAAGACUGUUCUAGAUCUUGCGUGACGACGGAGGGUGACUGGUGUUGUCCAUCCGGCGUUGCUUGCUUUGGGUCUGGGUCCUUGCUCGCCAGUGACGCGCCCCUCCUUGUGAUGUCUUGCCCGCUGUUUCGUGUUUGUGAUCAGGGUUUCUGCGUCACAUAAUUCUGGCGUCGUCGGGGUGGGGGAUCGAUCGCCGACCCCUCUUCGGUGGUUUGUUUUUUCCGUUGUUAUACGGCCAGGCAGUCGCCCGGCGCUCCGUCGCCGUCUGUCCAAGCGUUAAGGGCUGUGCCGGCUGUCGCGCGGCGCCGUGUAACCGGAGCGGCGCACACUGCUGGGGCGGCUUUGAGCAAGUAGAGAGACGCGUGGCGCCUUUCUUGGGCUUGGCUUCUUGUGUGUUUGUUCAUAGGCUUUGGCGCGUGUUUGUGAAAUGGAUCCGGCACGCGAACUGGCGGGCUUUCGACGUUGCGGUGCCUGGUCUUGUGACGACGGCUUGGUGGAAGCAAUUAGAUCGGCGGACAAUGUGGACGCAGCACUUUAUUUUCUUCUGCGAAAAGUAUAACCUUUUCACGCUGUACAUCACUGCGCACAGGGCAAAGGCUUUGGCGGUGCAUUGGCGUGAAAGAGGCGAGCACAUUCGCGCGGCGCAAGGCCCCGACGCGACGCUAGUGACGUCGUCGACGGAUUUGGUGAAUGUGUGGCCAGCCGCGUCCUCUCUCUCCUGGUAUGGCUGGGGGGGAGAGAAAUUGUCUACUGAGGGACGCCCCGGCUGCACUAUGCCUAGGGGUUGUGGCGGGGGCUUGCACCCUUUCGAUGUCGAUGCCCGCCGAGUCGGGCGGAGGGGGCUUGGGGCAGCAAAUGGCACAGUGAGUAUUUGAGACCGAGGGCGGAAGCAAAUCGCCUCCGGCGCGGCGCCGCGGCAUCUAGCAGUCAAACCUGAACCGAAGGCGCAGGAGAAGACGGGCAAGCCGCAAGCAGCUCCGCCGAAAUUGUAGCCCAGACAUUUCCGGCCGCGUGCGUGCCUUCUCGGCGUAGCUGGUGGAUCGCCUUCACCUAUGGUAGAGCGCAUUGCGCGCGUGGUGUCAUUCUUGAAGGUUUUGGGUGAAUAUGGAAAAGGGGGGACAGAAGUGGAGGAGAAAACUAAGAGCGAGAGCCGCAAGUAGGAAACCCCGAGUGGUCUCAGCUCGUCUGAAGGUUGGCCAGGUGGUUGGGGCCCCGUAGUUCGGCGAACGCUAUGGCGGUGGAGUAGAUCAGUGAGCACUAGGUGAACGCUUUGUUGAAAGGGAGGAGGAUAACAAGACGGAGCCAACCCGCAGGGGGUGGCGUUAGGUGCUCAGGUUCGUGAGAAGUCACCCUCUGCGCCGACGCUCGUCAGGGCGGAGGGCAGGGCGUGAGUGUCGCCGGGUCGUGCAUUAUCAAGGAUGGCAUAGGUGCCUGCCACACUGCGGGGGGAAUGGGG